GGCGCCUCACUUUUGUAUUGCUCAAUGGUUCAAUAAAGUUUUUUCAAAAGCUCUUUUCGUUUCCAAGAUGGCGGAGUACGAUCUGACCACCAAAAUUGCGCAUUUUUUAGACCGGCAUUUGGUCUUUCCGCUGCUGGAAUUUCUUUCUGUCAAAGAGAUCUACAAUGAGAAAGAACUUCUUCAAGGGAAGCUGGAUCUUCUCAGCGACACAAACAUGGUGGACUUUGCUAUGGACGUAUACAAGAACCUCUAUGCUGAUAAAGACAUUCCACAUUCCCUAAGAGAGAAAAGAACGACAGUAGUGGCCCAGUUGAAGCAGCUCCAGUCUGAGACUGAGCCCAUUGUGAAGAUGUUUGAAGAUCCAGAGACUCAGAGACAGAUGCAGUCCACCAGGGAUGGAAGGAUGCUGUUCGAAUAUUUGGCAGAAAAACAUGCUUUUCGUCAGGAAUAUUUGGAUACGCUUUACCGUUAUGCCAAAUUCCAAUACGAGUGUGGAAACUACUCUGGUGCAGCUGAGUAUCUGUACUUCUUCCGUGUGCUAGUUCCCUCAACAGACAGAAACGCUUUAAGCUCUCUCUGGGGAAAACUGGCGUCUGAGAUCCUCAUGCAGAACUGGGAGGCGGCAAUGGAGGACCUGACCCGUUUACGAGAGACCAUCGACAACAACUCGGUGAGUUCACCUCUUCAGUCUCUGCAGCAGAGGACGUGGCUCAUUCACUGGUCUCUGUUUGUCUUCUUUAACCAUCCCAAAGGCAGAGACAACAUCAUUGAACUGUUCCUGUAUCAGCCACAGUACCUAAACGCAAUUCAGACCAUGUGCCCCCACAUUCUACGCUACCUAACUACAGCCGUCAUUACCAACAAAGAUGUGAGGAAACGACGGCAGGUUCUCAAAGACCUUGUAAAGGUCAUCCAACAGGAGUCGUAUACGUACAAGGAUCCCAUCACAGAGUUUGUGGAGUGCCUCUACGUUAACUUUGAUUUCGACAGCGCUCAGAAAAAGCUGAGGGAAUGCGAGUCGGUGCUGGUGAACGACUUUUUCCUGGUAGCCUGCUUAGAGGAUUUCAUCGAAAACGCGCGCCUGUUCAUAUUCGAGACGUUCUGUCGGAUCCAUCAGUGCAUCAGCAUCAGCAUGUUGGCAGAUAAGCUGAAUAUGACCCCCGAGGAGGCUGAGAGAUGGAUUGUCAACCUUAUCCGCAAUGCCAGGCUGGAUGCCAAAAUCGACUCCAAACUGGGUCAUGUGGUGAUGGGCAACAACGCUGUGUCGCCGUAUCAGCAAGUGAUUGAGAAGACCAAGAGUUUGUCCUUCCGCAGUCAGAUGUUGGCCAUGAACAUCGAGAAGAAGAUCAGCCACAGUAGCAGAAAUGAGACACCAAACUGGGCGGGUCAAGAGACUGGCUUCUAUUAGACCAGCAACAAAAAAAAAUCAACUGGAUCAACUGUUGUGUUCAUCAGUCACAACUUAUUAUUUAACUAACUUUUACAUUUGUAUUUAUAUAGGAUCAUUUUUAAAGACAUUUUCACAGAGUCAUGAAGGGCUGUGGAGUUGUGGGCUGGGAUAUGGAAAAUUCUAGCCCUAUGUUUUAUGUAUUUUCUAUGAAGGAGGAGAACCUGGUAGUUUUAAAACAUUGUGAAUAUUCCAGUUGUAUGUGGUCUCAAGAACAUUUCUGUUUGCAUACAUCAAAAUAAACACACAUUGUGUUUGGAUGAUUAUUCAGUAACUUACUAAAUGUGACCCUUGACCACAAAACCAGUCAUAAGUAGCACUGGUAUAUUUGCAGCAAUAGCCAACAAUACGUUGUAUGGGUCAAAAUUAUUGAUUUUCCUUUAAUUUUUUUAUUAUAUGAAAUUGUGUAAAGAUCAUGGUCCAUGCAGAUAUUUUGUAAAUUUCCUACCGUAAAUAUGUAAAAACUGUUUUGUUGUGAGUAAAUGCAGUUAGUAAGGACUUCAUUUGGACAACUUGAAAGGCGAUCUUCUCAAUAUUUUUUUUUUUUUAAGAUUUCCAGAUUUUCAAAUAGUUGUAUCUCGGCCAAAUAUUGACCCAUCCUAACAAACCAUACAUUAAUGGAAGGCUUAUUUAUUCAAACUGUUGAGGUGUCUCAAUAUUAUAAAUUUGACCCUUAUGUCACAAAUAGUUUAUUACACAUGGUCAUGGAAUUUCUGGAAUAUCAUGGAACUUUGAAAGGCCUAUUCCAGACAUUGAAAGUCAGGAAAUUUUAUAUAUUUUUUUGUCCCAAGUCAUGAAAUAUCUGGGAUUUUGUUUGUUGCUUUAAAGGGGACAUAUCAUGAAAAUCUGACUUUUUCCAUGUUUAAUUGCUAUAAUUGGGUCCCCAGUGCUUCUAUCAACCUAGAAAAUUUGCAAACGAUCAACCCAGUAACUUAGUUUUGGUAAACCAUUCUCUGCAAUCAUGUGAAAAAAUAGGCAAUUGAAAUUUGGCUCCCCUUGUGAUGUCAGAAGGCGAUAAUACCACCCCUUAAUCUGCACUAUCCAACCACUGCACUGCCAGACACACCCAAAAACUGCACAUUUUUGCUCGCACCUACUAAGUGGCAAUUUUAACAUGUUAUAAUAAAUUAUAUGUUUUUUUAGCUAGAACUUUUUUAUACAUACUCUGGGGACACCAAAGAUUUAUUUUACAUCUUUAAAAAGUCUUGUGAAAUGCCCCCUUUAAAUUUUAGUUUGCAUUUAUCAAAAUGUAAUCUGCUUGUUAAGUUGUUAUGUAAGGAAUUCCAUUUUUCGGGUCCAAGCCUCAACUGAUUUCAAGUGAUACUACAAUCUAAACAGCCAUUUAUUGGCAUUGUUUAAUAAUUUCACGCAUUUAAGCAAAAAAAAAAAAGUGAAGUGUUUCGUUGCAAAACGAGAUCAAUCAAUUUUUUUACAUUUUUGUCAAAACAUGUUUAUUAUUAUGUUAUCAUGUUAUUAUUUUGUUUUAUGAUGCUACUUAGCUGUAUUUUUUAAGUUUUGAAGGUUUAAAUUAAAACAAACCAACUGCAGUUGCAUUGAAAUUAAUUGGAAUGCACAACCAAAAAACGAGAUUUCUGAACAAUUAAAAAAAUGGUGGUUAUCUCGUUUUGCAACGAAACUCUUCAUGUAUAAACUCACAGUGUACACUACAUUAUCAGGCUCAUGGGAUCUCAGACAUAGGUCAUGAAAAUUUUGCUUUUAAGUCGGAAAUGUCUGGAAAUUUGACUUUGAGUGUGGACCCUGUCUAAUGUCAUAAUAUUACUAAUGUAAGUUAUAAUUAACCAAAACUGUAUUAUUCGCUUGUUCUGUGUGCUGAAUUGUGUCGCAUAAACAAAUAUUUGUUUGAUACAUUAAAUAUUUCUUGACUUUG